CUCCGUUCUCUCUCUUAGCUGCUCAAUCCUUUUUCUUUCGCUGCCGUCUUUAACGCCGUCAAUUACUCCGCCGUCCCAAACCGGUUUUCACCACCGUCAAUCUAAUUGCAAUCUUUAAAUCCUCGCUCAGCUCUAGCUUUAAUCCGGAGAUAUUCCCACUUUCUGUCCGGCUUCAGUCAAUUUCAAAUCGGGUUCUACUCUUUAAUUCUGAUUUCUUCUUCCUUUGUUACAAAAGGAUUGGUUAAACUCUCCAUAAGAUUCUACUAGGAAAAAACUGUGAUCAUUUGGUGGCUCUGUUUCCCCCUUCCUCUAUUCGUUACUAUAAUGGAGAAACACUUGGAGCAGUAUCUACAAGAGAUGUCAAUUGAAGAUGAAGAGGAUAAACCUCUGGUGUUAUCUAAUCUUCCUCAGUUUUACUCAUCUGAAAGAAACUUAAGAAGCUUAAUAGGUCGGUUUCUUAACCCUGACUAUCAGCGUAUGUCUAAUUGGAUCUUAGAGAUGCCAAGAAUUUGGAGACUGUAUGACAGAGUCAGAGGUGUUGCUUUAUCAAGAAAUCGUUUCCAGUUUAUUUUCAAAUAUGAUGAAGAUAUAAAUGAAAUUUUGAAGACUGGGGUGUGGACUCAAGAUGAUUGGGGAGUAGUUAUGGAGCGAUGGGUCGAAGAUCCUCCUGACAAUUAUCUGAUGUUUCUUCCAGUAUGGAUUAGGCUUCGCAAUUUGCCAGUGAAUCACUAUACGAAGGAGACUAUUACAGAAAUUGCUGGUUGUGUUGGUCAGGUUCUAGAGGUUCCUUUUGAUGAGAAAGAGGCUCAAAGCAAGGACUAUGUUCGGGUUAGGAUCUUACUUGAUAUCUCAAAAGGUCUGAAAAACUUCAAAGAACUUCAACUUCCAAAUGGGUCACUUGUCAAGAUUGGUAUUGAUUAUGAAAGAGUUCGGAAAAGAUGCUUUCAGUGCCAAAGGCUGACUCAUGAUAAAAGUAGAUGUCCUUUUGCUCAGAUAGAAAUUACAGCUGGAGAUUGUGCCUCAACAAAUGUUCUAGCUGAUGCAAUCAAAGCUCAUCUGCUGAAUCCGAAGAAUUCGAGACUUAAAACUACACCUCAAAGCGCAGUUCAAGAUUCUACAAGGGCCUUCUCUAAAGACAAGGAGAUUGAUCUUCAUGGCAAAAAUAUUAUAACUGCAGAAUGUUCAUCACCAAAACUAUUAGCUGAUGCAAUAAAAACUGAUGUGAUGAAUCAGAAGACCUCGAGUUAUGAAACUCCUCUUCAAAGCUUGCCUCAAGGUAACUCUUUUUAUUGCUCUACCUCAGCCUUAUUCUCGAAUGGUUUAGAGGCUUCCUCCUCAAAAAAUUUGCAACAGAAAUUACCCGCUGCUAAAAGGCCAAGAUCAUGGGUAAAAAAUACUAAGGAUCCAAAAGGGAAAAAUCUGAAAACUCAAGAUAAAUCUCUAGAUAAUCAGAUGGAGAUUAGUGGAAAGAAUCUAACUCAGGAUCAAGAGAAUGUGUUGGCCAAAAGUCUCCAGAGAGACACAAAUACGGUGGUUCCAGGUGAACUGCCGCAAGAUCAAUAGGUAUUUUGAGCUGGAAUUGUCAA